AUGGCGAACGGCUGGAGCAUCAUCAUCGGCUUCGUGGUAAUCGUCCUUGCCUGUGUAGCAGGAUGGUUCUUGUCGCCCAAAGGCGAAACACAAACAAUCUGGCGAAGUUCAUUGAUCCUUUCCUUCGCAAGCUGCUAUAUCAUGUGGGCCAUUACGUUCCUCGCACAAUGGCACCCACUUAUCGUACCCCGACGAAGCGGCUUGAGAACGGGGGCAGCGCAUGAGAAUUGA